AUGGGGCCGACGGGGACCCCUCCGGGCAAGCAGCGGCGGCGGGCUCAGGGCACCAGCUGGGGCUCGUUUCUCAUGAUGGCUCAAGAGGGGGAGCAGGAGAUAUAUGGAAGCCCUCCUGCCUCGGCCUUGGGCUGGCCGCUGGAGGAGCCGCUUGCCUCCCCGCAGGGCCUCCUCCCCCCAACACGGACGUCCCCCCCUGCCCCCAGUCUGUCUUCACUGGCGGGGGGACCGAGGGGCUUAUCUGUCCGCGGCGACGGUGGCGAUCUGCAAUGCAGACGCCCGGGCUUUGAGGCCUUUCGGUCUCCUCUGCCAAACCCUGCUCACCCCAGUUCUUUCUUUCUCUCCUCAGAUGUCUCUCCGGCUUCCUCCAGCUCUGGGACGCUCAUCCAGUACACCCCCGACUCUGCCACUAGCCCCACUGCCGAGCGCCCGUCUCCCCAUCCCUCGUUCCAGAAGGUCAAGGAGGAAGGUGAGGGUGUGGUGAAGAAGGCCAAGAGCCGCACAGCCUUCUCCCAGGAGCAGCUGCAAAUCCUGCACCAGCGGUUCCAGAGCCAGAAGUACCUCAGCCCCCAGCAGAUCCGGGAGCUGGCUGCUGCCCUGGGGCUCACCUACAAGCAGGUGAAAACAUGGUUUCAGAAUCAACGGAUGAAAUUCAAACGUUGCCAGAAGGAGAGCCAGUGGGUGGAAAAAGGGGUGUAUCUACCACAGAAUGGGUUUCAUCAGGCUGCGUACCUGGAUAUAACCCCCACGUUUCACCAGGGCUUCCCUGUAGGUGCCAGCAGGAACCUUCAGGCUGUGACCAAUGUGCACCAGGCUUACAGCAGUGGCCAGACUUAUGGGAAUGGGCAGAGCCUGUACUCAUUCAUGGCUGUGGAGGACGAGGGGCUCUUUGGAAAAGGUGGGACAAGCUGCAACACCCAGCAAACCAUGGGUUUAUUAAGCCAGCAGAUGAACUUCUAUCACGGCUACCCUGCCGAUAUGGAUUAUGUCAGCCUGGAGUCAGAAGACACCUACGGCUUCCAGAGCACCUCUGACAGUGUUGCACCGUUCUCGAGCUCUCCUGUACGGCAUCAGUACCAGGCCCCUUGGCAUCCCCUGGGGUCCCAGAGUGGUUAUGAGUCUUAG